AUGGAUAUAUUUAUACUAUUUAUAUUUUUUUCAAUAAGAUGUGUUUUUUCAAAUGAUAUAGAUUUUAUUGAUGAAAGAUUUAAUAAAUUAAAAAAUAAGAGAAAUCUAAAUUAUGGAGUAGGUAAACCACAGGUUACAAUGGGACGAGCUGUAACUCCAAUAAAAAUUCAAGAUAUUAUAGAUAGUGAUUAUUUUCUUUACCCUUUUAUUUUGAAAGAAAACAUAAAAAGUACUGAAAACUGUAUAAAAGAACUCAAGGAACGUUGUCGUGAAUUGAAAAACGUUUUUCCAAAGUUAAAUUUAGUAUGUACAGGUGAUAUAAGUCAAAAAUGUAUAGAUCUGCAAAAAGAUAAAGAAAUAAAAUCUAUAUGUAGUGAAAUUGAAUUAGCCAUUAAGGAUGAAAAUCUUCAAAUGAAUGAAAAAUGCGAUUUGGUUGUGACGAAAUGCAUACUUUUAGAAGGUGCCUGUUCUAACGAUUUUAAUAAAUUAUGUAAUGGAUUGAUAAACACUUGUUAUAAAAGAGAGAGAGAUAUAAUAGCUAUUACUGUCCUCGAAAGAGCACUUCGUGGAAAUCUUUUUAAUCUUGAUGCAUGUCUUGAGAAUAUUAAAAAUUAUUGUAUAGUAUUAAGCAAAGAAAGUGAUGAAUUGAUGUCGAAAUGUUUAAUAUGGACAGUAACAUGUGAAAAACUUGUAGAAAACGCACAAGGGAAGCAUACUUCUCUUAAAAGUGAAAUUGAAGGGGUUAUUAAAAAGAAUCUUCUGAGUAAAAGGAAUACUUAUAGCAAUAAUAUGUUAAAGGAUAAGUGUCUCUGGUUACUUCCUGAAUGUGCAUUUUAUGUACCAAAUUAUAAAAUCUCUACUGAAAACACUGUUAAGGGGAAUGAAAUGAAGAAUUUAUGUAAUGAACUUCAAGAACGUUGUAAAUCAGUGAAUGUUACUUAUAGUUCACCUUUAGAUUAUUUUAAUCCCAUGGAAAAAGAACUUCCAUUAGCAAAUGUAUUAGAUAUUCCACAGCUUUAUGAUCAAGCAGAAUCAGUAGGUGUUGUUGUUUCUAAACAAUCCAGUGACUUUACUUUUCAAGGGAUUUUAGCAUUUCUCGUUAAUAGUAAUUCUGAUCUGAUCAAUAAAUGUCUAAAUGUAUUGACUAAUAACUGUUCAUCUAUUGAAUAUUUGGAUAGUGAUUAUAAGCGCAGAUGUCUAAAUUACAAACAAAAUAAGAAUGAUGUAAUAGAUUGUGUUUUAUUGGAUUCAAAAUCAAAAUCUAUAUGUAGGAAUAUUAACAGUGAUAUUAGAAAGCAUUUAACUGAACAUCAUGUAUCUAAAAUAGGUCUAGAGCAUAAUUGGCGUGAUUUGCCUACUAUGGAUGAUGAUCAUUGCGCAGAAUUAUUAUCAACAUGCUUUUUUUAUGAAAAAUCCUGUAGUGACCAUGAUACAACAAAAACAAAUUGUGAUAGUUUAAGAAAUGCAUGUUAUCGCCAAGGACGUGUUGAUGCAUCAUUGUCUUUUUUUGAAAAUGUUUUACGUGGGAGUUUAUAUCGAUAUAAAAAAACAUCAAAUCCCCGAUGUGUAUCUAAAUUAAUUGAAUUUUGUCGUGAUUCAAAGAAUUUACAUAAAGAAGAUCAUUUUGAAUUAUGUCUUUCGCCUGAAAAAACAUGUUAUGAUGUGGCUUAUAUUGUAUAUUACAGAUGUAAAUGGCUAAAAAAACAAAUAGAAUCUAAAUAUCUUCAGGUUACUCUUGAAAAAUGCAAUAUGUUGGUACCAGAAUGCCGUACAAUGACUAUGGAUUAUCCUUCAUUGAAUUCUUAUUGCAAUAGACUUUAUGAAAAAUGCGGAUUAUUAGAACAAAUAGUACAGUUGAAAGAUCAUAUGUUAAGGGAAGGACAAGACCAUUUGAAAGGACAACGUUCUUGUAUAGAUCGUCUAAACAAAAUGUGUACUGUUUGGAGCCAAAGUAAUGCUACUUUUAUAGAUCCAUGCAAAGAUAAAUAUAAGACAUGUACUAAUAUUAUGUCUUUCAUGAGCAAACAUUGUUAUCAAUUUAAAGUUAAUCUUAUGAAAUAUCGUAUUGGGAUGGAUGUUUCCAAUGGUGUCACAUUAAAAGACUGUGAUCUAUGGGAACCGUAUUGCAAUAUGCUUAAGAAAAAUUGUUAUUCUCAGGAUCUUGAGUCAUAUUGUGGACCUUUUAGUAAAGCAUGUGCUAAUUAUAGAACAUCAAUUGAACAUGAACGAGAACAAUGUAAAAAUGCUCUAACAGAACUAACAACAAGUGCUGAAUUAGUUAAAGAGAAAAACAAGUUAUUUACUGGUGAAAAAGAAAAGGCAAUUGGUGUUUUUAAGCAGUUUCUAGGAACUAAUUCUACUGAGCCAACAAAUUCCAUUUUAAAAUCUAAUCAGGAUGUUCGAGUACGAAAUAAACUAGUAUAUAGUAAUACAUUUCCAGCUAUUAGAAAAGCACUUGAAUUAUAUGCAGAAUUAGGAGAAAAAUGCGCUCAAUUUUUUAACAUCACUAUUCCUAAUAAAUGUUAUGAUGAAACUCAAAGUGUUUACCGAGAAAUUGAUGUAUUAUGUCAAAAUAUAUCAAUAUCAGGGCAAUUAUUGUUACUUCCACAGAAUCUGACUCCACCAGUUACCAGCUAUGUAGAUGUUGUUCGUGUAAAAACUGAAGUUACGACUGAGGUUACGACUGAAGUUACGACUGAAGUUUCUAUUCGAAAUAUCACAGAAACUGUUUUUACUCCUAGUAUUUCAACUGUUUUCAUUUCUAAUACUUCCACCAUCAAGAUUCUUGAUACUGUAAAUACAACAUGUAUCACUACUACUAUGGAAGGAAACGGUAUAUAUACUUCUACAUCUAUAACAACACAAACCGAAAAAACUUUAAUGGAAGAAACAAAAAUAAUCACUCAAACCACCAUACUUACUCUUGAAACUUGCUCUUCAUUCAUAAACACUUCAGAAACUAUCAAAUAUUGGACAACUACUACAUAUACAUCUUUUACUAAUGAAUCUUUUGCCAAUCAUUCUCCUUAUAUCUUAGAUCAUAAAAAACUUUAUUUCCUUAUUUUUCUUUUUUUGGUUUUCAUAUAA